CUAUACGAUGGUUAAAAUAGAAUUGGAUGACAAAAGGAUUUGGUGUCGACAUAUUGACCACAUCAUACGAAGGACCGUCUCAGGAAAUGAUGAUGAGUAUGACCCCCUCCUCAGCAAUGCCUUGGAAUUUGAAGAGUCACGGUUCUGAUACUGAUAAUCCUCCAAAUAAUAAAGAAGUCCCAAUCAAUGAUGAAGUGGACUCAACUGAUAAUGAAGAGCUCCCAAGGGAAGCAACCCCAGAACAAAUCGAUACAGGUCAAACAGAUGGAGUACGAGAAACUUGUCACUCUACAAGGACUAGACCCCCUAUUAAUAGCUCCAAAUGGUUGCCAGUUAUGAGGAGAGAUGAUGGAGAGAUUGAGUCCUUUUCAUUUGAUAUUAGUAAAUGUGAUCAUGUGGAUAUAGCUAACUCACUGUGGGGACUAUCAACAAAUGGAGUUUUGCAGGAUUGCAAUUAA